AAACUCAAAAUCCACCAUUAAUGGCUAACAACACAUUUGCAGAGCUUGUGUUCAUCCCUGCACCAGCGGUUGGUCAUAUUAUGUCCACCAUCGAGAUGGCAAAACUACUCUUGAACCGUGACCAAACCCUCUCAGUAACCCUUCUUAUCAUAAACCCUCCUUACUCUGUAUUACCUCUCACCACCUACAUCGAAUCGUUGGCUAAAAACGCUAUCGAACGCAUGCGAUUCAUCAAACUCCCUCAAGAUCAAUCACCACCAAAGCUCGACUCGAAUGCUCCCUUUGUUAUGUCAUUCUAUGAGUUCAUCAACAGUCAUUGCAAAUAUGUCAGAAAUAUAUUAGAGGACGCGAUAAAUCAAACUAGUUCACGUAGUAGGGUGGUUGGGUUGGUUGUUGACAUAUUAUGCACUGGCAUGAUAGAUGUGGCUAAUGAAUAUAAUCUUCCAACAUAUGUGUACUUCACUUCGAAUGCUGCUUUUCUUGGCUUUAAGUUGCAUUUCGAGACGCUUUUUGUGGAUCAGAAGCAAGAUCUCAUUGAGCUGGCUAACUCGGAAGGUGAGAUAGUUAUUCCGAGUUUCGUUAAUCCGGUGCCAAUGAAGGUUUUUCCGGAGGUGUACCGGAAACAAGAGGGGUUGGACUUUCUGAUAAGUGCUAUUGGGAGAAUGAGAAAGGCUAAAGGGAUCUUGAUUAAUACGUUCCUGGAGUUGGAAACACACGCGAUCAAUUCGUUUUCGGGGACUAACUUCCCGCCUGUGUAUCCGGUGGGACCCAUACUCAAUCUAGACGGGGUAGGGGAAAAACCCGAUGACACAGAUGUAUUUAGAUGGUUGCAGAGUCAACCGCCGUCCUCAGUGGUAUUAUUAUGUUUUGGGAGUACGGGAGGUUUUGACGAGGCCCAAGCGAAGGAGAUAGCACGUGGUUUGGAACAAAGUGGUCAUCGAUUUGUGUGGUCCAUGCGCCGACUGCCACCACCCGAGCAAUCAUUGAAAGUGCUCCCUGACGAUUUUGAUGACCCUCGAGGGGUGUUGCCAGAUGGGUUCCUGGAGCGCACCUCGGGAAUAGGGAAGGUGAUUGGAUGGGCCCCACAGGUGUCGUUGUUGGCACAUGAAGCUGUGGGGGGAUUUGUGUCCCACUGCGGGUGGAACUCGAUGUUAGAAAGUUUGUGGUUCGGUGUACCGACGGCUACAUUGCCAAUGCUUUGGGAGCAACAAAUGAAUGCGUUUGAAAUGGUAGUGGAGUUGGGAUUGGCAGUUGACUUGAAACUUGAUUACAAGAUCAAUGUGCUCAAUUCGGAGGGCGAUGUGGUCAUUGUGACAGCAGAGGAGAUAGAGAGGGGGAUAAGACGACUAAUGGAGAAUAAAGAGGUCAGAACAAAAGUGAAAGAGAUGAGUAAAAUGAGCAGAGAAACGGUGGCUAAGGGUGGUUCAUCAUAUUCUUCCGUUGGUUACUUUCUUAAGGAAAUCAUGAGUAAUGUCAUAUGAGUUUGGAAAUUUGUAUGAGUCAUACAACUUCUUAUUAGCACAUAUCUGAAAGGUUAUUUCUUAAUUUCCUUUAAGUGUAAUAAUGCUAUGAAUUGUAUACCUCUUAAAACGAGAUGUCGAAUUGG